CAGAAGCAUCGUUUUUUUUUUUUUUAAUGGUUGGCCUAUUUAUUUUGAGCACAGGAAUGAGGAAUGUGGUUCAAGAAAUGCCCGGCCCAUCCUUUGGUUAUUAACCCAAUCAAUCGGGCCUCAAAGUCGUCUCCCAUCUGGCCCUCCCUUUCCCCCGCUGCCAAGCGCACGACUCGGCAGUUCAUGCGGCGCGGAGCGGACGGGGACAAGAGAUGAGAGCAGCGCUGGCGGCGACGCUGAAGAAAGCAUUCUCGGCGGCGGAAACCGCUCUCCGACCUUGCGUAGCGUCCAAAUGCCUCGACUUCCACCUCCACCACUGCCAAAGCAGUGAUCCGGCCGAGCAGAGGCCUGGCAGCUCCAUCCUCGGCCGCGACCUCCCGGAAAUCUGGGCCACUCCCAGCGCCGCCUCUCCCCUCCUCCCUCCACCGGAACCUCAAUCCAGUUGCGUUGAUGAAGAGCCGACACCAGUGAUCAUCGAUGGAAAGUCCAUUGCGGAAGAAAUCAGGCUAGGCCUUUCCCAAGAAGUGCUCCGAAUGAAGGCGAUGAUCAACAAAGUUCCCGGAUUAGCAGUGGUGCUUGUGGGUCAAAGAAGGGAUUCCCAAGCCUACGUUCGCAAUAAAACGAAGGCUUGCGAGGAGGUCGGAAUGAGAUCUUUGAUGGCAGAGUUUCCUGAAGAUUGUGGGGAGGAAGAUGUACUCAACGUCGUAUCCGACUUCAAUCGAGAUCCAUCGGUCCACGGCGUCCUCGUGCAGCUACCUUUGCCAAAGCACUUGGACGAAGAAAGAAUUUUGGGCGCUGUAAGUCUGGAAAAGGAUGUGGAUGGCUUCCAUCCACUGAACAUGGGGAACCUCGCUUUAAGUGGCAGGGAGCCUCUGUUCAUCCCCUGUGCCGCGAAAGCUUGUGUCGAGUUGCUGCUCCGGCUCGGCGUCGAUCUGAAGAGCAAACAUGUGGCAGUGAUUGGAAGAAGUAAUGUAGUAGGAUUGCCUACUUCCUUGCUGUUGCAGGACGUGACUCGCGAAGCUGAUAUUGUGAUAUCGGCUGCAGGAGUUCCCAACCUUGUGCGUGGCAAUUGGUUGAAGAGAGGGUCGGUCGUCAUCGAUGUGGGGACGAAUCCAGUUGAGGAUCCUAAUUCGGAGCAGGGUUACUACCUUCAAGGUGAUGUGUGCUAUGAGGAAGCAUUGCAGUUGGCCUCGGCAAUAACACCGGUUCCUGGCGGUGUAGGACCGGUGACGGUUGCCAUGCUUCUUGCAAACACCCUUGACUCUGCGAAACGGCUCUACAGCUUCACUUAGUGUGUCUCAUUUAAAUCUUAUAGCUCAGUCAUUUCAGAUGCUGUUCUUGUUUCCUUUUAGAGAGUCUUUGGUUGCUUCUCCUCUGUAUAUUUGGUUUUGCUUCUCAAUUAACACUGAAAUAUGAAUCUUCACUUUGUUGCCAUA